UCACUACACAAUAUGAAAGAUUUAGCGGGACCUUAAGGCAAUUCAAGUAACCAUCCUCUGAACAGCAACGAGAAGUCAACGAAUGUGUUUAGAUUUGCCAAUCUGUAGCCAAUUUUCUUUGUAAAAAUGGCAGAAUCAUCAGAAAUCAAACUGAAGUCUACACCUGGAGACGGGAUUUCUGCGGUUCGUUUUUGCCCUAACUCGACGCCGUACCUUAUAGUGUCUUCAUGGGAUGGUUCUGUAAGGCUGUAUGACUGCUUUGCUAAUAGCCAAAGAUUACGGUACAAUCACGAACGUGCUGUCUUGGAUGCAUGCUUUCAGGACUCAACACAUUCUCUUAGUGGUGGGCUAGAUGGUAUUUUGAAAAUAUGUGACCUUACCAACAACUCAGAGAGUGUUUUGGGUACCCAUCAAGAUGCAAUCAGAUGUGUUGAGUAUUCAUCAACUGUUAACCAAGUAUUUAGUGGCAGCUGGGAUGCUUCUAUCAAAUUGUGGGAUUUUCGAUCAAAAUCAUGUGUUGGAACUCACAUUCAAGGAGACAGUGUCUACACCAUGGCACUGAAUGAAGAAAAAUUAGUUGUUGGUACUGCUGGAAGACGUACUUUAGUGUGGGAUCUCAGAAAUAUGAGCACCCCUAUCCAAAAGCGGGAAUCUAGCUUAAAGUACCAGACAAGGUGUAUCAAAUGCUUUCCUAGUAGACAAGGAUUUGUACUAAGUAGUAUCGAAGGUCGUGUUGCUGUUGAAUACUUUGACCCCAGUCCAGAAGUUCAAAAGAAGAAAUAUGCUUUUAAGUGCCAUCGUAUCAAAGAAGGUGACAUUGAAUGUUGUUACUCAGUCAAUUCAAUCAGUUUUCAUUGUGGCUUUAACACUUUUGCAACUGGAGGAUCUGAUGGCCAUGUUAACAUAUGGGAUGGUUUUAAUAAAAAGAGACUAUGCCAAUAUCGCCGUUACCCAACUUCCAUAUCUUCCCUUUCAUUCAGCUUCGAUGGUUCCCUUUUAGCUAUAGCUAGCUCAUACAUGUAUGAACAAGGGGAACCACAGACAGGGAUCCCAGAAGAUGCCAUUUAUAUACGCAAGGUUCAAGAGCAUGAAGUUAAACCGAAAUAGACGUAUUUCCUUGGCUUCCAUGACAUCAUUAUUUUGUAAUUUUUUUCUGAAUUCAGUUUCGUGAUGCUGUUAGAUGUAAUGGUCAAUCAUUUUGACAAAUACAAGGCCAACGAAUUA